CCAAACAGUCGUCGUUUUGUGUCUCUGCCGGUUAUAAUCUUAGUAUCUGGCGGUUAUUGUCUCAGUUCCGAUUUCCGACCCGGUCUCCCAUAUAUAAAGAUAUAUCGGACUACCCAACCACAUUCAGUCGCGUGCCACUAUUGGAGACAGUGAAAGAAUCCUCGAAUCCUUCAGCAAGUGCAAAGAAAUUUAUUUAAACUAACAAGAUGAGCCAUCACUGGGGUUACACCGAAGAGAAUGGACCUGCUCACUGGGCUAAAGACUAUCCCCAGGCAUCGGGACAUCGUCAAUCGCCGGUAAAUAUCACGCCCUCUUCGGCCAAGAAGGGCAGUGACCUAAAGGUGGCACCUCUAAAAUGGAAGUAUGUGCCCGAGCAUACCAAGAGCUUGGUAAAUCCAGGUUAUUGCUGGCGCGUGGAUGUUAAUGGAGCCGAAUCGGAGCUGACUGGUGGCCCAUUGGGAGAUCAGAUCUUUAAGCUGGAACAAUUCCAUUGCCAUUGGGGAUGCACAGACUCCAAGGGUUCCGAACACACGGUCGAUGGCGUUUCCUAUGCAGGAGAAUUGCAUCUUGUGCACUGGAAUACCACUAAAUACAAGUCCUUUGGCGAGGCUGCUGCAGCUCCCGAUGGCUUGGCCGUAUUGGGUGUUUUCCUAGAAGCUGGCGAUCACAAUGCUGAACUUGAUAAGGUCAGCAGCUUGUUGCAAUUCGUGUUGCACAAGGGAGAUCGUGUCACCCUGCCUCAGGGCUGUGAUCCCGGCAAAUUGUUGCCCGAUGUUCACACCUACUGGACAUACGAGGGCUCCCUGACCACACCACCAUGCUCGGAAUGUGUCAUUUGGAUUGUGUUCAAGACUCCCAUUCAGGUAUCCGAUGAUCAAUUGAAUGCCAUGCGUAAUCUCAAUGCCUACGAUGUGAAAGAGGAGUGUCCCUGCAAUGAGUUCAAUGGCAAGGUUAUCAACAAUUUCCGCCCACCAUUGCCAUUGGGCAAGCGCGAAUUGCGCGAGAUUGGUGGCCAUUGAUUGUUGGAGCAUACAAAUCAAUAUUGGACUUGAGUCAUAUUAUAUCAUUAAAUUUAUUCUCACCAUUUGCACCGUGUAGGAAUGGCGCAGAGGAUCCCAUUGCAUUGUUCAAUUCUCGUCGUUGUUUAGUUUGUAGCACGGCAUACCUCUAUAUGAUUGUAUUCUAUGUCUACUAUAUCAAUAUGUAGAUCUAUCUAUAUUUGUGUAUGUGAAAGUUUCCUUGUUUGUUCAACAAUAUUGCAAAAUGACAAUUAGUUAUUAAUGUUAUUAUGGUAUUACAAGAUUAAAUAUAUAUUAACUUAAAUGUUGCAUGUAAAAUAAA